AUGUCCUCAUAUGGCCAUUAUGCUUCUUCCGCAGCGCCAUCUCACGCGUUUUACAGUUCCCCAAAGUUCUUUAUCAGAGUGAUCGACUCUUCAAUUGGCCCUAUCAUUCGGACUGUGAACUAUGCAUUCUCAUCUGAUCCAUUGAUUCAAUGGUUGCGUCCAAAUGCAGCACCCUGGGCGCAGCAGGAUAAGGAUGUUUGGAGAUGGCAGCAGCGAAGAAUACAGUCGAUAAUGUUGCAUGGCAUGGUUCUUCAAUCGGCAAAGGUUAAUGAGAUGAUAGCGCUUGAACUUCCACGCCAGCAAAGGAAGAAAGCCUCGCCGGUUUAUGAGAGAGAAGCUCAAGUCCCAGCUACUGAUAGCACCCCAGAGGCAGAAUUGGGCCUCAAUGAUACAGGCGCAGUGGUUUUCUUGCUACCUCCCAAGUGUCAACUAAAAUGGUCCCCAGCAAGACUAUGGGAGGCAUUUAAGAUUUACGUACUUGAUAUUCUGAGUCCAGCACAUGACACAGGAGCCAAAGAAUUGCGAGUGGGCCGUUUUCUUGAAGUGAAUAAGAAAUGGUCGGAAAUUUUGACGUCUCGGUAUUCAAAGGAGAAGCUAUGGUAUCUAGAAGUCAUAGCUGUUCAUCCAUCUUUACAAUCCCGAGGUAUAGGGCGGAAAGCAAUGACGUGGGUCUUGGAGCAUAUCAAAGAUGAACCAAUAUACCUUGAGUGCACACGAAUAGACAAUAUUGGGUUCUACGAAGGUUUCGGGUUUGAGGUUGUCGAGAAAGUGGAAAUUGAGGACGAAGGGCAGAAGUUGAACUACUGGGUCAUGGUUAGACCAAGCAAAGGAAAUAUAUAG